CAGCGGUGGAGACCCGGCCGACGAUUUCCCCGAGCCGCGGGAGGUGGUGGCCGCUGUGAUUGCUCUCUCUCCGGGGGGGGGGGAUCGAAGUCGGCGCGGCGGGCCGUCUCGCGUAUCCACCGACGGCCCUUCCUCUCCUUCCGUUAGCGGGUUGAAGUAUUUCCAGGAUCGGCCAUCGGGAGGUACAGCCAUCUCCAGAAAGCCAUUCGGUCACUGUUCCAUUGACCUUGGGACCUGAGUUAUGUCCACAGCCGCCUUGAUCACCUUGGUGAGAAGAGGCGGGAACCAGGUGAGGAGGCGGGUGCUGCUCUGCUCCCGCCUGCGCCCCGAGGACGGGCGGGGAACCCCCGCGAGCCCCUGCUCCACCUCCCCGCCCCGAUGUUCUCGCUUCGACCCCGACGGCAGCGGGCGGCCCGCCACCUGGGACACCUUCGGGAUCUGGGAUAACCGCAUCGACGAGCCCAUCCUGCUGCCGCCCAGCAUCAAGUACGGCAAGCCGAUCCCCAAAAUCAGCCUGGAGAACGUGGGCUGCGCCUCCCACAUUGGCAAGAGGAAAGAGAAUGAGGAUCGCUUCGGCCUGGCCCAGCUGACCGAGGAGAUCCUGUACUUCGCCGUGUACGACGGACACGGGGGCCCCGCGGCGGCCGACUUCUGUCACACCCACAUGCAGACGUGUGUUAGGGAUUUGCUUUCUAAGGAGAAGAACUUGGAAACUGUGUUGACCUUGGCUUUUCUAGAAAUAGAUAAAGCCUAUGCCAGUCAAGCCCACCUGUCUGCAGAUGCGACCCUUCUGACCUCCGGGACUACUGCUACAGUAGCCCUGUUGCGAGAUGGUAUUGAACUGGUUGUAGCCAGUGUUGGGGAUAGCCGGGCUCUUUUGUGUAGAAAAGGAACGCCUCUGAAGCUGACCAUUGACCAUACUCCAGAGAGAAAAGACGAAAAAGAAAGGAUUAAGAAAUGUGGUGGCUUUGUGGCAUGGAAUAGUUUGGGACAACCUCAUGUGAACGGCAGGCUUGCAAUGACAAGAAGUAUUGGAGACUUGGAUCUGAAAGCCAGUGGUGUGAUAGCAGAGCCUGAAACAAAGAGAAUCAAGCUCCAGCAUGCGGAGGACAGCUUCCUGGUUCUCACCACCGACGGAAUUAACUUCAUGGUGAAUAGUCAAGAGAUCUGCGACUUUGUCAAUCAGUGCCACGAUCCUAACGAAGCAGCCCACGUGGUGACAGAGCAGGCUAUCCAGUAUGGUACUGAGGACAACAGUACUGCAGUAGUUGUGCCUUUUGGUGCCUGGGGAAAGUACAAGAACUCUGAAGUGAACUUCUCCUUCAGCAGAAGCUUCGCCUCCAGUGGGCGCUGGGCCUGAUGGCUGGCUGGCAUGGGUUUGUGUGACAAUGUCGUUGAUUGUGUCAAGACACAGAAAGAUCAGAACAGUCACCCAGGAGUCCCUGGGACUCGCUGGAUCAGUACGAUGCCAUUGUAAAGUUAGCCAUUUACAUUAUCGUGUGUUUGUAAAUACCCGUUAUAGCUGUGUAGAAACCUUAGCAUCAACACCAUGGAAUGAAGCUGCGCAGAGAUUGAGAUCUCUAAAUUGAGUGGGCAAAUGAAAACAUGUGUUUGUGCAUUUGAGUGUAAAGUGUGUGUGCCUAUUGUCAGUGAUUGAACCCAGAGCUUUGCGCAUAGUUUUCUAAUUUUUAUGACUCUUGGGCAGCUGUAGUGUUUUGUGAUCAUUUUUUCUUCUUUAUUCAGUUGAAUAAGUUUUUCAACUUUUUCUGAAUUUUGACAGUCAAUAUACUAUUUACACUGUAAUAUUUGCAAAGUGUUUUUUUGUUUUGCUGUGUAUCGUUUUUGUUUUUGUGCCAGUACCGGUGCUUCAAUUCAAGGCUAGGACACUCUCCCUUAGCUUUUUCUGUUCAAGACUGGCACUUUACUACUGUAGCCACAGCUCCCCUUUGUCUUUUUGCUUAUUAAUUGGAGAUAAGAGUCUCAUGGUUUUUUCUGCCCUGGGGUGGGCUUCCUCAGAUCUUAGCUCUUAAGUAGCUAGGAUUACAGGUGUGAGUCACAAACACAUGACUGCAAGUGUUUCUUUGUAAUAACUGUACCAAGGAGUAAAUGGGAAAACUAGGCUCCCCAUUACCAUAUUUUGUACUCUGGAACAGUUAAAUAUUAAUGUAACAGUGCAAAAGAAAUGUAUUCAGAAAAUAUGACAUAGCUAAAUUCUGCACAUAGUCUCUAAACAGAGCCUUUGUGUAUUUCAAAUGUUACCAGCCCCCUCCCAAUUCAUUCCUUUCUUCUGUAAUUAAUUGUUCUGUGUACAUGUGUCUCUUUCUUUUUCUCUACCUCCUUCCCUCCCUUUCUUC